AUGGCUCAUUGGGAACUGGCCGGCGAGAUAAUAAUAUCACACCGCCCAUCUCUUAUUAAUUUAUUGGCCCUGGACAGGCCGCGCGAAAAUGGCCCGAAGGCUAGGCUAGUCGUGAACAAACCACCUUGCGAGAGUGGAGUAUCAAAGGAGAGAAAUUGCAACUUAUGGCUUUUGAUGGUGAUAGGCGGCGUCCAAGUAGUGUACAACCAUGUCACGGGUACUGUUCAGCAUAGAAAAGGCGUAGACGAUCAUACCGGUGACGUGGAGGACAGGACCCUUACCUGCUCUGGAAUUCCGCUAGGAGGGAUUGCGGGGAGAGGUGAUGUUGCGUCUGGAAUAGGGUCAUGUAAUAUUUUGUCAAUGACAUAA